CUCCGUCCCGCCCGCCUCACUCGGGGACGGCAGCAGCGGGACGGAGUCCGCCGCCUCCUCCGGCUGCCAGAGGCCCCAGGGUCCCGCUCUGCGCCGCCACGGCAGGUCCUGCUGGGGACUUGCAUCUGGCCUCAAUGUGAAAUUAAGGUAGAAAAACACAUCUACAUAUGUGUUUGCUAUUAGGAUUUAGUUUAUUCACUGGUCAUGCCUGAAGAGUGAUGUUCGUCUCUAGACGGCUAACUGCCAGGAAAUAUAAAUGAUUGUCCUAGAAGUCAAGCCUCUCUCCUAUUUACUGGAGUGAAAAUCACCUCCAGAUACCGACGGAAUAUCAACUACAGAAAAUGCUUCACGUUAUAAGGAUGCCAACCACCUAGAUUCAUGCGCCCUAUCUGUACAGUUGUUGUGGAUGGUUUGCCAUCUGAAAGCUCCUCAAGCUCUUAUCCAGGCCCUGUAUCUGUUUCUGAAAUGUCUCUGCUACAUGCUUUGGGUCCAGUGCAGACCUGGCUGGGACAAGAGCUAGAGAAGUGUGGCAUUGAUGCCAUGAUUUAUACUCGGUAUGUCCUCAGUCUUCUGCUGCAUGAUAGCUAUGACUACGACCUGCAGGAACAGGAGAAUGACAUCUUCCUGGGCUGGGAAAAGGGAGCUUACAAGAAAUGGGGAAAGAGUAAGAAAAAGUGCUCUGAUCUAACACUAGAGGAAAUGAAAAAACAGGCUGCUGUCCAGUGUCUUCGCUCUGCUUCUGAUGAAAGCUCUGGGAUUGAAACGUUAGUGGAGGAGCUUUGCUCCAGACUGAAAGACCUUCAGAGUAAGCAAGAGGAGAAGAUUCACAAAAAGUUAGAAGGCUCUUUGUCUCCUGAGACUGAUUUAUCUCCCACAGCAAAGGAUCAAGUAGAAAUGUACUAUGAAGCAUUUCCUCCUCUUUCUGAAAAGCCAGUUUGCCUGCAGGAAAUUAUGACUGUAUGGAAUAAAUCCAAAGUAUGCUCUUACUCUAGCUCCUCAUCUUCAUCCACUGUUCCACCAACUAGCACGGAUACAUCUUCUCCAAAGGACUGCAAUAGUGAAAGUGAAGUAACUAAAGACAGAAGUAGUAAAGGAUCAGCCACUGUACAGGAGAGAACCCAGCAGAAGAAAAGUAAAAAUGAGAAAGAAAACAAAUUUAGUAACAACACUGUUGAAGAGAAGCCUGUUUUGUAUAAGAAGCAAGUGCGACAUAAGUCUGAGGGAAAGAUACGUCCUCGCUCCUGGUCGUCUGGAUCCAGUGAGGCUGGCUCAAGUUCUAGUGGUAAUCAAGGUGAAUACAAGGCAUCAAUGAAAUGUAUUAAAGUAAGGCACAAAACAAGAGAGGUUCGAAGUAAAAAAGGGCGUAACGGGCAAAGCAGGCUUUCAGUGAAAUCUGGUGAAAAGGCUGAAAGAAAAGUCCACAGCGGAAGCAGCAGCAGCAGUAGCAGCGGGUCCAUCAAACAGCUGUGCAAAAGAGGUAAAAGGCCAUUAAAAGAAAUAGGAAGAAAAGAAGCUGGCGGUAGCGAUGGGAAAGAUUUGUAUUUAGACAGCAGAAAUGAAAAGGAAUAUAAAGAAGAACCCUUGUGGUAUACUGAGCCGAUUACAGAGUACUUUGUUCCUCUUAGCAGAAAAAGCAAGCUGGAGACUACAUACCGCAACAGAGAAGAUAUAUGUGGCGUGACAUCGGAGGCUGUAGAAGAGUUGUCUGAAUCAGUGCAUGGUCUUUGUAUUAGCAACAAUAAUAUUCAUAAAACAUACCUCGCAGCAGGUACUUUCAUCGAUGGUCACUUUGUAGAAAUGCCUGCAGUUCUAAAUGAGGAUAUUGACCUCGCUGGGACCUCAAUAUGUUCUCAACCAGAGGACGAUAAAUAUUUAGAUGAUGUUCAUCUGUCAGAACUAACACACUUCUAUGAAGUGGAUAUUGAUCAAUCCAUGUUGGAUCCUGGUGCCUCAGAUACAAUGCAAGGGGAGAGUCGGAUUUUAAAUAUGAUUCGACAAAAGAGUAAAGAAAAAACUGAUUUUGAGGCAGAAUGUUGCAUAGUGUUAGAUGGAAUGGAGUUGCAAGGGGAAAGUGCAAUAUGGACAGAUUCGACCAGCUCUGUUGGUGCUGAAGGGUGGUUCUUGCAAGACCUUAGUAAUUUAGCUCAAUUUUGGGAGUGCUGUUCAUCUUCUAGUUCUGGUGAUGCGGAUGGGGAAAGUUUUGGAGGAGAUUCUCCGAUCAGAUUCUCCCCCAUCUUAGACAGCACAAUGCUUAAUUCACACAUGCUUGCUGGCAAUCAAGAGCUCUUUUCAGAUAUUAAUGAAGGGUCUGGUAUAAACUCUUGUUUUUCAGUGUUUGAAGUGCAAUGCAGUAACUCUGUUUUACCAUUUUCUUUUGAAACACUCAACUUGGGAAAUGAAAAUGCAGAUUCUAGUAGCACUGCUAAUAUUCUUGGGAAAACACAGUCUAGAUUGCUAAUAUGGACCAAAAAUAGUGCCUUUGAUGAAAAUGAACACUGUUCCAAUCUUUCAACGAGAACCUGUAGUCCAUGGUCACACUCGGAAGAAACACGUUCAGACAAUGAGACUUUAAAUAUUCCAUAUGAAGAAUCCACGCAAUUUAAUGCAGAAGAUAUUAAUUAUGUAGUUCCUAGAGUGUCUUCGAGUUAUGUAGAUGAAGAAAUUCUAGAUUUUUUGCCAGAAGAAACUUGCCAGCAACAAGCUAGAACUUUAGGAGAAAUGCCCACUUUGAUUUUCAAGAAAAAAUCUAAGCUAGAAUCUGUCUGUGGUAUUCAGCUAGAACAAAAAGCAGAAAGUAAAGACUAUGAAGCUACACAAGGGUGUAGUGAAAGCAGUCCACAUGGAGAUGGCUACAGCUCAGGGGUUAUUAAAGAUAUUUGGACAAAUAUGACAGACAGGAAUUCUGCAGCGAUGGUAGAAAUAGAAGGAAUAGAAGAUGAAUUGUUUUCAACUGAUGUAAAUAAUUAUUGCUGCUGUUUGGAUACAGAAGCAAAAGUUGAAACCCUCCAGGAGCCCAAUAAAGCAGUGCAGAGAUCAGAGUAUCACCUUUGGGAAGGUCAGAAGGAGAAUUUAGAGAAGAGAGCCUUUGUCUCAAACGAUUUAUCAAAAGUAGAUGGUGGUGACUAUACUACACCAUCAAAACCUUGGGAUGUUAACCAGGAUAAAGAAAACUCAUUUAUACUCGGUGGUGUGUAUGGGGAGCUCAAAACAUUUAACAGUGAUGGAGAAUGGGCCGUGGUGCCACCUAGUCACUCAAAAGGGAGCUUGUUACAAUGUGCAGCUUCUGAUGUAGUGACAAUAGCUGGUACAGAUGUGUUUAUGACUCCAGGUAAUAGCUUUGCCCCUGGUCACAGGCAAUUGUGGAGGCCAUUUGUGUCGUUUGAACAGAACGAGCAAUCAAAGAGUGGAGAUAACGGAUUAAAUAAGGGGUUUUCUUUUAUCUUCCAUGAAGACUUACUGGGAGCUUGUGGUAACUUUCAAGUCGAAGAACCAGGGCUUGAAUACUCAUUCUCUUCCUUUGACCUGAACAAUCCAUUUUCACAAGUUCUUCAUGUAGAGUGUUCGUUUGAGCCAGAAGGAAUCACAUCUUUCAGCCCUAGUUUUAAACCUAAGUCAAUUCUGUGCUCUGAUUCAGACAGUGAGGCUUUACACCCCAGGAUAUGUGGUGUUGAUCGAACGCAGUACAGGGCUAUACGGAUUUCUCCGAGGACUCACUUUCGCCCAAUUUCUGCAUCUGAACUUUCUCCAGGUGGUGGAAGUGAGUCAGAAUUUGAAUCAGAGAAAGAUGAGGGAGGUAUUGCUGUCCCUUCUCAAGUAGAUGUAUUUGAGGAUCCACAAGCAGAUCUCAAACCUCUGGAAGAAGAUGCAGAAAAAGAAGGGCAUUAUUAUGGAAAAUCAGAGCUUGAAUCUGGAAAAUUCCUUCCCAGAUUAAAAAAGUCUGGAAUGGAGAAGAGUGCGCAAACAUCAUUGGAUUCCCAAGAAGAGUCGGCUGGGAUGUUGCCAGUAGGGAGCCAAGAUCCCUGUUUAGAAUGCAGUAUGAAAGAAUCUCUAGAUGGGAGGGCGAUGGAGAGCUCUAAAGUAAACUGCAGAAUAGUGGAGCCGCGUGAGGAGACUGGCAGGUUUUGCAGUUGUAAAGCAGGGUGCCACUUCCCCACGUACGAGGAUAAUCCUGUUUCUUCAGGAGAGCUGGAAGAGAGAAUGAGUGGCAGCCAGGAAAAGCAAUGCUGGUGGGAAAAGGCGCUCUAUUCUCCCCUUUUUCCUGCAUCGCAGUGUGAAGAGUGUUACACAAAUGCCAAGGGAGAGAAUGGUGUAGGAGAAUUUGCAGAUGUAAAGGAAACAUCCAAUGAUGAUGAACAUCUUUUAGAUUUUAAUAUGGUUUCUUCUGUUUAUGAAGCAAGAUGUGCCGAUGAUAUAAAUGCUGAGGCAAAACCAAAUGGCUUCAGGAAGAAGAUCUACUCCAGUGAUAGCUCCAGCUCUGCAGACACAGCUUCGGAAGGUGGAAGUGAAUGGGCUGAUCCGUGUGAGGAGGAGCUUUUUUCUCGAACUCAACUAUAAAAACUGCAGAGUAGAACAGAUGGUUUAAGAGUAACGUGAGAUGGAAAACUAUUCUUCUUGAGGGUCUGUAGCUCUAAAACAACAACUUGAGUUUCCUCUUCAGUUAAUGGAUUCAGAUGUGUAUUUAUCUUUCUCUUCUUGCUUAUUUUAUAGAUGAGGACACAGCUGUCCUCUUGAAGAUUUUAUUUCCUUCCCUCCCCCCCCCCCCCAAGUCCCCCUGUUAAAUUCUUGGCUAUUUGAACUAGACUAGAUUGUGUUGUCAAAUCAAGAAUGGAUGUGCAUGUGCUUGUCUUAGUAGUACCACUGCUUUUUUGCAUCUUAAUUGCAGUUAUUUUCAUUCGUAACUGUAGCCCUACACUAUCUUCCUAGCAUCGCAGUGUCUACAACUACUUCUGCUGUUCAGAGACUUCCGCUUUCUGCACAUUAGGCUUUGUUCUUUAAGAACCGGGAGAUAAAUACUUAACACUGUAAUCUAUCAGUGCCUUUCUGAAUGCAGGAGAAAAGCAUGAAUGAACUUGUCCAGUCUUCAUUCAGUAAAUCUCAUAACUUUGAAGUAGGAACAACAGGGUUGUGCUUUAGAGACUUACAGAAACUGUGUUUUCUAUCCUCUGAUUCCCCCCUCCCACAAACCAACACUGAGGACACCGUGGUUUGUAUUUUUGCUAACUGGAGAAGCCAAGGAUUUUUGUAGGUAUGGAGGCAAUGUGGGGCUUUUUUUUUUUUUCUCCCCCCCCCUCCCCUUUUUUUUUCUUUUUUUUUGUCCUUUUUAGCAACUUGCCAACACGGGGCAGAAGUUGAACAAGUAACACCAAAAAAAAAUCACAAACCACUGGGGUGAUGUGUGGAUUGUUGUGGAUUUUGUAACGAGUACUGAGAAUGUUGUCUUGUUGCAGAUGAUGGCAUUCAUGUAACCUGCAAAAGCAUCCUGCUCUGCACUUGAGCCCAUAUGGCUGAAAUGAUUUAAAAUGCUCAGAGUGUUCAAUGUUUUAAGUAACGCGGAGGGUCGGUGCUUCACUUGAAAGAAAUCCUGUGGCCGCUGCAGUUAGCUGCUGUCGUGGCUGUGAUUUAGUAGAUCUCGUAGUUCACUUUGUGUUUCUGAGAGGAUGUGUGGGGCAAGUUGUGUGUGUGGCGGGGGGGCAGGGGCCGCGGUGACUUGCGCAUACGUGUGUGACUGCAGUAGUGAUUGUUGCUUUAUGUGACUUGCUUUUAAACUUUCUUUUGUUAACUUAGAAGGUCGAUACGUUGUCGAGUUGCAUCUGUACAAGACUAUCGACUCCUUGUGCUUUUAACACAUUAUGCAAAAUGGAUAAGCCAGGAGGAGCAAUAUUUGCAAAACUAAACAUUCUAAGUUUUUACCAACUCAUAGUUUAAAACCCAACACCAACUAACUCGUCUACACAAUAGCAGCAUGUCUGUAACAUCGGGAAGAGCUGACUUGAAAAGCUUGACCAUUAAUUCUGCCAGGCAAUAAACCGCAUGAGAACUAUAGCUGUUUGAAACGUGAGCUGAACUGCCUUUGAAAUAUGUUCCGUGCUGGAAAGGUUUUCUCAGUAACUGGGUUUUGUUGCCUUUAUUCAGUUGAUAAUGCAAGAAUUCCAAGGCGUGGUUGGAAAAUCUGUGCUGCUGCUCUGCGCAGUGCUGCUGGUGAGAUCCUUACUUAAAAUUGGCUUGGUUUGUCCCUACCCAGGGACUUCCUUUUGGUCCUCCUCUUAGAAGAUGUUUUAGGGUUUGCAUUCAUACGACGAAUCUUUUGACACUUUACAGUUUCUUUUCUUAAUUUAUUUGCAGACUUGGGAUAGAUUUUUAUAUAUUUUACUUUCUUCUGGAGCUUCCUUGAGAGGUUGUUUAGCACCUGCACUGAGAACUAGUUAACUGUAACUUGGAAGUAAAAAAGAACUUUACACACGCAUUCUUCACAUCACUACGGUGAAGAAUGGAAUAGAACUUCAUACGAGAACAAGGAAUGACCAAAUGGACAUAUUUCAAACACAAACUUCAGCUCAGUUAAUUUUGGCUAGAGCUGCUUCUUUGGUAAGAAAGGGCUCAAAGCAACAAAGGUGUCGCUUAUCGUUGUUACACGGUGGCGUGCAACAACACCGGCACCUUUGGGGAGAAGAAAAUCACGUAUUGAGCUUGGGCAAUAACAAAUUGUCUUUACUUGUUUUCAUAGUUUAACGGCUGAAGCUCUAAAGCUUUUGGUGAGAGUUGAAGUGUGGUUUUUAGUUUUUCUGUAUGGAUAGAAACACACACACACACCAACAACAACAACAACAGCAGCAUUAAAGGUUGGCAUACGCUGAACCGCACUGUGGUAUGAAGCGCAUUGCAUAUCCAUAGCACUGAAGUAUCAGUUUUCCAUUCCUGGGCUGAAAUUUGUUUCUACUUUUUGCUUCAAGUGGUUGUAUUGUUCUGAUUUCACGUACACCAGAGUAACUGAUUUUGUUUUCUUGUGGAGUUACUUAACACCAAAUAAAAAUAUAAAAGGACAA